AGCUCGCCUCGUUCAGAAUAGCAGCCGUGCUGGAGUAGUCGACACUCGUCGUCUGAUAGUUCCAGCCGAAACGGGACAUCGAACCUUUUUUAUUUUAUUUAUUUGGUUCGAUUCAAAUCCUCUUCUUAAAGAAUAUGCGACUUUUUUCAAAGAACAGACUAAUACCUUUAUAAUAUCCAUGUCGAUCAGGAUAGCCGGGAGAGAGAUCGCCGAGGGGUUUUCUGCGAAUGGAAGUUAUUUGUUUUGAAUAUGUUAUUCCGAAGUGAGUUUGUUUUUUGUUUGUCUCGGUUCGUCGUGGACCUUUAAUUUGGAAUCUAUUGACGAAAUCCAAAUCGUCAAGGGAAACCCAGAGCGAGGAUUCUACAAAGCCAGAGAGCUCACAUACCGGGGAUUUAAAUUGUGUUUGGUGUGCUCCGGGAGAAGCGAGAGUCAAAGAAAGAAAUUCAUGUGGCCAUUCUCUCUUUAGCAAAACAUUUUGGAUUGCAGAAUGAGCAAGGAAAGACCUAAGAGGAAUAUCAUCCAAAAGAAAUACGAUGACAUAGAUGGGAUCCCCUGGUCAGAGGAGAGGGAUGUAAGGAAGGUGCUCUAUCUCUCCCUGAAGGAGUUCAAGACUGCUCAGAAAAGGCAGCUUGGAGAUGGAACCAAAUACACGAAUGGUUCCCAUGCCCGCGGCCAGCUCAAUGGCUCGGGGCAGAAGGGCCACAAGGCUGACGGGUCGCGGUUCCAGAACACCGAUGGCAGCAGCGAAUACUCUGAGGAUGGCCCUGCCAAGAAGAGGCCCAGACUGCAAGCACAGAGGAAGUUUGCCCAGUCGCAGCCCAACUCUCCCAGCACCACCCCGGUCAAGGUGUCUGAUACCGCCCUGCCCGCCCCCUCCGCUCACAUCAGAGACAUCUCCAGACGGAAACCCAAGACUGAGGACUUCCUCACCUUCCUCUGCCUGAGAGGUUACUCCUCGUGGCCAAAUGAAGGUUCGUCAGCGUUGCCCAGUAACAUGGCGUACUUUGGGAGCUCUCAGGAUGAAGAUGAGCUGGAUGAUGAUGAAGAGGAGUACGAGGACGUGAAGCCAGACAUCAGCGUGGCGUCUACUUCCUGUCAGUCCACGCCCAGGAAGGGCAAACCCCCAGGGAAACACGCCGUCAAUGGCCACGUGUUGAACGGCCACAGCAAGACGCCCCGGGACAGCCCCAAGCCAAGAGGGAAGGAGUGGGUGCAGGUGAGGGAGCGCAGUGAGAGGGCGGAGGCCCGGAGGGAGCAGGCCCUCAGCCAGCCAGAGGCCACAGCCAGGGGCCACACCUUACCCAGAGGCCUCACUACCAAUGGACUGCCCCACAGGAGGGUUGCAGAGGAGCCCCACAAGCAGGUCUUUAAAGUGAACGGAGUAACACGGGCGUCCCAGCCAGGCGUGCACACGGCCGGUGCCAAAAAAACUAAAGACUUCAGACUGCCGUCCAAAACUGUGAAGGGCCACGUCACAUACACCAAAGCAAAACGAGAACUGGUCAAGAAAACCAAACUGAAGCACCGCAAACACAGCACUGCUGCUGCCCAUAGAGCCCAUAGCAACAAUCACCACCACCUCCAGCGCCACCAGCGACUCCCCCUCGCCAACUCAGGAAAAGCCCAGAAUAGCAAAGCAAAAACACGCAAACAGGUGCUAUUAUCCAAUGGGGUGCACAAGGUGGCCAACGAGGACGGAGUGCGCCUCAACGGCCGGCUAAAUGGUCGUCUCUGUGCCAAGCUGGAGGUGGGCAGGCAGGGGCGUGAGGGGCUGAGGAACUCCAAGCGGAGGCUGGAGGUGGCGGCAGCGGCCAUCGGCGCGGUGGCUGACUCCCAGGGUAAGCUGGUCGUCCUGGAAACUAACCCCAACCCUAAGAAGACAAAACAGCCCCAGAGCAGCCUUCUGGACGGUAAGACCAAGCACCAGACCAGCCCUCUGGAGACACGCAGUAAGAAAGCCUGUCAGGACAAGACCUUGGUCCCCAACGGACACAUCGUCAUGGAAACCACCCCUCCCCCGACCCUGCUAGCCCCACCCCCUCCCCCGACUCCUCCCUCUACACCACCAGCCAAUCCAGAACCAGAGCGUCAGCGGCCCAAGCGGGCGUCAGCCGGCAAGCUGAUGUUCAUCAGACAAGCACAGCAGCGGGCGCAGGCUGCCUCUAACCCUAACCACAACCACAACCGCUCAACUACCUCAGAAUCCCCUGGCCACACUCCCGGACAUAUCCCUCACAAACCAGCAGAGCCCCGGCCUGAUAGGGAGUGGGAGAGAGAGCGGGAUAAAGAGAGGGCAGAGAGGAGCAGGGCGAGCUGGGCGGCGUUAGGUGAGGCGCCAGUGUUCUCUCCCACCCAGCGAGAGUUCCAGGACCCCCUGGUGUACCUGGACUCUGUGCGGGAGGGAGCGGAGCCCUGUGGACUUUGUCGGGUGGUUCCCCCGGCUGACUGGCGCCCAGAGUGCAAACUGAACGAUGAGAUGCGCUUUGUGACCCAGGUGCAGCGCAUCCACAAGCUGGGCCGUCGCUGGGGACCCAACGUACAGAGGCUAGCCUGCAUCAAGAAGCACCUCAAAUCUCAGGGCAUCACAAUGGAAGACCCCCCGCUCAUCGGCGGCUGUGAGGUGGACCUGGCUCGGUUCUUCCAGCUGAUUAAUGACAUGGGCGGCAUGCAGCAGGUGAUGGACCUGAAGAAGUGGAGUAAACUGGCUGAUCUGCUGCGGAUCCCCAAGUCAGCCCAGGACCGGCUGGCCAAGCUGCAGGAGUCCUACCUCCAGUACCUGCUGUCUUAUGACUCUCUGACCCCCGAGGAGCACCGCCGCCUGGAGAGGGAGGUGCUGCAGGAGAAGGAGGGCCUGGAGCGCCGCAGGGGGCCCCUGGAAGGCCACACCGAGAGGAGCCUGGCCCUGCCGCGCUACGAGCCCAAGAACGGGCUGGCCGGCAGUCUGGUGAAGCGCAGCAACGGUCAGCUGUGCAGCCGGCUGAAGGAGCUGGACAGUCAGCAGCUGAAGGUGGGACGCCGGAGGCUGUUCGCUCAGGAAAAGAAGAAUGGGGACAAGACACAGCAGGAGGAAGAGGAGGAGGAUGAGGAUAUGGAGAAAGGCGUUCUCAGUGACCAGCACAAGUGUAUUUACAAGGGGAAAUCUGUAUCUCUCACCAACUUCUUUAGGAUAGCCAGGAACACCAUGACCAUGUGCUUUAACAAAGAGCCCGGGGCUGCUGAGGUCGAGCAAGAAUACUGGAGGAUAGUGGAGCAGAGGCACUGUCAUGUGGCAGUGCAUUAUGGGAAAGUGGACACCAACACACACGGAAGUGGCUUCCCCGUGGGAAAGUCAGAGCCAUUUUCUAAACAUGGAUGGAACCUCACUGUCCUCCCAAAUAACUCUGGAUCCAUUCUGCGGCAUCUUGGAGCUGUGCCCGGAGUGACCAUUCCCUGGCUGAACAUUGGCAUGGUCUUUUCUACCUCAUGCUGGUCUCGAGACCAAAACCGCCUUCCAUACAUUGAUUACUUACACACUGGUGCUGACUGCAUUUGGUAUUCUGUUCCUGCUGAGGAGAAGGUGAAGCUUGACAAGGUCGUACACACACUGCUGCAGGCCAAUGGGACCCCCGGGCUGGAGAUGCUGGAGAAGAACAUCAUGAUAUCUCCAGAGGUGCUUUGUCGGGAGGGUAUCAAGGUCCACCGCACCGUCCAGCAGAGUGGUCAGUUCGUGGUCUGCUUCCCCGGGACCUUUGUGUCCAAGGUCUGCUGUGGCUACGGUGUGUCGGAAACUGUUCACUUUGCCACCCCCCAGUGGAUGAACCUGGGAUACGAGGCUUCUAAGGACCUGAAAUGCCGGCACAUAGCCAAACCCUUCUCCAUGGAGAAGUUACUCUACCAGAUUGCCACGGCCGAAUCCAAACGCGAGAACGGACACCUUCUGACUACGAUCUCCGCUCUUCUCAAAGACCUCAGGAACAUAGAGAUGAGACAACGGCAGGAACUGUACGAGGCGGGGCUUCUGUCCUCUGCCCGCUACGGAACACACAACAACAACCUGGUGCCCGGCGACGGACGCAAGAAACCCAGGAAGUGGCUGGCACUAGAGUCAUCAGAGAGACGCUGCCAGACCUGCCAACACCUCUGCUACCUGUCCAUGGUGGUCCAGGAGAAUGAGAAUGUGGUCUUCUGUCUGGAGUGUGCUCUGAGAUACGUGCAGAAUCACAAGUCCUGCAGAGGCCUCAAGAUGAUGUAUCGUUAUGAUGAGGAGCAGAUCAACAGCUUGGUGAAGCAGGUGUGUGGCAAGGCCCUGGAGAAGACAACUGAGAAAUAUAAUGGUGCGAGCCCCUUCAAACCACCACCCAAACGCGGGCCCCGGAAGAGAGCCACCGUGGAAGUGUCCCUGUCACGCCUCUCCUCCUCCCACCUGUCACCCGCAGCCGUCUCAUGAGGACGUUAACAUCCCCCACUGCCCCUCCAUCUUAGUUUGGCAAAUCACUGUUGCCCUUUUUAAAGAAAGAAAAAAUAUGUUUUGCUUUUAAUGCCCCAAAUCUCCCCCACCUAUGCCCUUUACUAUGACAAACUACUCCCCCCUUAGUAUGGCAAACUUGUGAAAGCAAACUGUAUUUUUUUGCACUAGCACGGGGAAAAAACUAUUUUCAGUUUCUUUUUUGUUGUUGUUGGGGGGUGGGGUUAGGUGAUGUCGUCCUUAGCAUUAAAUAAAGUUCACAGGUAAAUGUUGUGCCCCUUGCACACACCCAAGUAGAACCCAAAGUUUGCUCUCAUCAGUUUUUGAAGAUGAGUUGUUUUUAUUCUCCUAUUUUACCUGCAGCAGCUCCUGUUGUUCAGGGCCUGUUGCUCCCUAACCCACACCAGGUAAAACUUGAAAGGCAGAUGUGUUUUGGCUGGCUUGUUUUAAUUUGUAUUUUAGCUUUGAUUUUAGUCUUCUGUGUUUAUUUUGUUGUUGUUAUUUUCCUUGGUGGCUGUGGAACUAGCAGUGCCAUGGCUGUAUGUCAGAAACACAGACCUAUGUGCCGUGGCUGUAUGUCAGAAAUACAGACCUAGGUGCCGCUGGUCUCUGUCCCCGUAGUAGGAGGGAGGCCUCCUUUGCUAGCGAGUGAAAACUGUGCCUGAUACUAAGCAAGGAGAUCCAUUGUUUUUGGUGCUGUUGGUUAUUAUUACUGUAUAACAAUACAAACGAAAGGUGGGGUGCUGGCUAACUGCUAGCCUCCUCUCCCACAGGGCGGUAGCCUCUAGACUGUCCUCUCCCACAGGGAUGGGGUUCUAGGUUUUCAUGUCCCACAGGGUUAGGUUAGGGUUCUAGGCUCUCCUCUCCCACAGGGUUAUGGUUCUAGGCUCUCUUCUCCGACAGGGUUAGGGUUCUAGGCUCUCCUCUUCUAGAUGUGCAAUCAUGUUAACAUUCCAUUCUUCCAGUCCUAUCGUCUCAGCUGUACCAGUAAACAUUAAUUAUUUUAUUAUUAUUUUAUAUUUUGAUUGUGUAUUUGUUCUGAUGUGCGAGUAGAACCACUAGUCAAAGGGUGUAAAAUGUGAAAUAAUGAAAUCAACUUCUUUUUUUUGCUUUUGCAUUUUCCCUUUUUCAGAUAUAUUAUGAAUGAUUUUAGGAGAAAGUCCAACACAAAAACAUAAACUUUUGUACAUAAUCCUGUAAAUGUCUUUAAAUACUUGAGCCUUUUCUGGGGUGAAGGAAUGAUACAUCUAAAGGUAUUAGAGGAAGCAAGGGAGGAAGUGCUUGAUGAAGAAAAAGCCUUACGUUUCAGUUUCUUCAUGUGUGUGAGUUUGACGCUUACAGGGUUGCUCUGGUUACGUGUAUACAUUUAAGUGCUGCUUACAUCAGUGAGAAAGAUAUGGAGUAGCAAUGGCCCCCAGUUGUUUUGUAAGUUUUUUUUAUUUUUUUUUUAGCUUUACUUUUUUAAAGAAAAGGGAAAAUAUGUUCACAAAAAAUGUGUUUUACAUUUUCAUUACUGAAAAUUCAACGAUGUAGUAGCUCCUCAUGUUGCACUGAGCUUGCCAGUGGUGGCUGACAAGGUGAUCUUAUUAUCCAGUUUGUUGGUUGUUGUCCUUUACAGAAGACUGAACUGUUUUAGGAGUAUUUAAUGAAAACCAAGUCGGGUGUUUUCAACAGAAAGUGGUUGUCAAGUUUUUAUGGCCUUACAAUGUAUUUUAUUCUGAUUUUUUUUUUGGUUGCAUUUUCUUUUUCUACAGUAUAAACUAUUGCUCACGGUCUGGCAAGUUAAUUUAUUAGCGCCUCGUCUCCAGCUUUCCUUUCACUUGGAAAGAUUUCAUGUUGGUUAUAUUGCCAGUUUUUUACUUUUGCAGUUUGUACUAAAGGUUUAAUAAAAAUGUACAGACAAUUCACUGUCUUUUCUUUUGAA